UGAAGACAAAAAAAAUUCUAGAAACAUGAAGAUUUUAUAAAUAUCCUUCAAGAGACCCAAUCGUAUUGUGUACCUGUGUGAUCCAAAGAUAAUGAGAAUUGAACAGGAAUCAUAAAACAGUGUAUACAUACCACAAUAACUCCUCAAGAGAGCAGUUUAUGUAUGAAAUUUUCCGGCAUCAAAAUCGAGGUCUUCUAUUGCGCAUGCGUCAAAAGUUUAGCAUGAUCCGUGGCGCUAUCUGGUGGGUGGCAUUUGGACUCUGAUCUUCAAAGAUGUCUGUACUUAGUAAACUCGGAGAAAUAACUCCGAAGAAAACAGCUAUUGUUGCAUCAGCGUUCGCAGGAGUAUUCUGGUAUAGUCAGCUCUUAUCUAGAAGAGCAAGUGCAAAGAAACAUGCAUUAGAUACAAAAGUUGAAGUGAAACUUGACAAUGGGAAACAGAAGAAAGAGAGGGCUGCUGUUGAUGGUUUAUUCUUCAGGAGGUUCAAGACAAUCCUGCGUAUUCUAGUGCCAGGAUUCUUCACAACAGAGGUUGCCUACAUGAUAAUGGUAGCUGCUAGUUUACUUCUUCGAACAUUCUGUGAUGUUUGGAUGAUACAGAAUGGAACAGCAAUAGAAAGUGCCAUCAUCAGUCGAGAUAUGAGUCUCUUCAAGAAACAUUUGUUCAAAUUCAUGUGGGCCAUGCCUGCCAUCUCUGUGAUCAACAACAUGCUUAAGUAUGGUCUGAAUGAACUGAAACUCAGGUUUAGGACAAGAUUGACCAUGUACCUCUAUGACAGAUAUCUCAAAGGCUUCACAUACUACAAGAUGACAAAUCUGGACAAUAGGAUAGCUAAUGCUGAUCAAUUGCUGACCACAGAUGUAGAGAGGUUCUGUAACAGUGUGGCUGAUCUCUACUCCAACCUCAGCAAGCCUGUCAUAGACAUCAUACUAUACUCUGUCAAACUAACUGGUGCUAUAGGAAUACAGGGCCCAGGCUAUAUGUUGCUGUACCUGGCUGUUUCGGGUCUUAUAUUGACCAGGUUACGUAGACCUAUAGGCAAGAUGACAGUUGUAGAACAAAGACUGGAGGGAGAGUUCAGAUAUGUUAAUUCAAGACUUAUUACUAACAGUGAAGAGGUAGCAUUCUACCAAGGAAAUAAGCGAGAGAGGAAAACAAUAACUGCCCAGUUCUGGAAACUGGUAGAACAUCUCAGGACUUUCAUCUUCUUCCGCUUCAGCAUGGGACUUGUAGAUAAUAUUAUUGCAAAAUAUGUAGCAACUACAGUAGGCUACAUGGUAGUCUGUCAGCCAUUUUUAUUUUCCAACAAAUAUGAAAACACUGCACAUGCAGACAGACUAGAGGACUACUACCGCAGUGGUAGAAUGUUGGUGCGUAUGGCAGAAGCUAUUGGACGUGUAGUCUUAGCAGGAAGAGAGCUCACUAGACUUGCUGGUUUUACAGCUAGGAUAACUGAACUUAUCCAAGUAUUGGAUGACUUAAACAGUGGAAAAUAUACCAGGACAAUGGUAUCUGAGAAUGACAAACCCAACUCUAUCAAAGAAAAGGCUGAUCUUAAACCUGGCUCGGGAACUGUGGUGAUUAAAGACAAAAUAAUUAAAUUUGAGAAAGUUCCACUGGUUACUCCAAAUGGUGAUAUUCUAGUAGAAGAACUGAACUUUGAAGUGAAGUCAGGAAUGAAUGUUCUAGUCUGUGGCCCCAAUGGCUGUGGGAAGAGCUCACUUUUCAGAAUGGUGGGAGAGCUAUGGCCACUAUUUGGAGGUACCAUGACAAAACCUGAGAGAGGAAAACUGUUUUAUAUUCCACAAAGGCCAUACAUGACCCUUGGGAGCCUACGGGACCAAGUCAUAUACCCUGAUAGUUUGGAAGACCUGAAGAAAAAGAAAAUGACUGAUAAAGAUCUAGAAGAAUAUCUAGACAAGGUGCAGCUUACAUACAUUCUGGAGAGAGAGGGAGGAUGGGAUGUUAUGCAUGAUUGGAUGGACAGACUCAGUGGAGGAGAGAAACAAAGAAUUGCUAUGGCUCGUGUGUUCUAUCACAAACCCCAAUUCGCAAUCCUAGAUGAGUGCACUAGUGCUGUGAGUGUAGAUGUGGAGGCUUGUAUGUACCAAUACUGUAGGGAAGUGGGCAUCACAUUGUUCACUGUAUCACAUAGAAAGUCCCUUUGGAAACACCAUGAGUACUAUCUACACAUGGAUGGUAGAGGCUCUUUUGAUUUCAAACCUAUAACAGAAGAUACCCUGGAAUUUGGAUCAUAAAGUAAAUUAUUAUCAAUAACAUAUAAAAGUGCUCUAUGGAGAAUGUCAGUUUUAUUGACUGUGGUUGGUCAAUGCUAAAAUGCAUUGUCUGUUCACAUGGAUGAAAUCCUGCAUGUACAAAGCCACUGAGCAAACAGGACCAAACAAACAAUGAUGACUAUGUCCUUCAUCCUGAAUUCAAUUUUUAUGUCACCACCUCAAGUGGUGACAUACUGUUAAAAGUCUUCAGGUUUUUGUGGAUGAUGUACAACGGUCGGCAUUCAGUGUCUGUAGCAAAUGGCAGGUGGUGACAUUUCACAUGUCCAUGCCUUAUUUAAGUUUUGAAACAUUUCUGCAUCACCAGUGUGUUUUAUAAGAAAAGAAUCCUUAACUGUAAAUGCUUUUUAAUUUGUAAUUUUCUUUGAAAUUUAUUGCCCAAACACCUUGAUCUAGUAUUUCACAUCAGC